CACAUCCCUUUCCACUGUGAGAUGUGAGAGAUCGUAAGUACGCAGAAAAAGGGGUGACAGAUUCCUCUCGAGUUCAAAAGGUAAAAGAGGUCACCUGGGGCGAGAAGUGGAAGAACAGAAAUGGAGGGGAGGAAAUAUGAGGCGAAAAAGAUCACUAAAUUCUCUCACCUGUUUCUCUAUCUACUUUUCUUCUCUGCAAAUGCUUCCUUCGAGUCGUCUUUUUCUUUUUCUUCGUCUUCCACCAACAUGCACACCAACAAUUGGGCCGUCUUGGUUUGCACCUCCCGCUUCUGGUUUAACUAUAGGCAUAUGGCCAAUACUCUUUCUUUGUACCGAACUGUGAAAAGGUUAGGCAUACCCGAUGAGAGGAUAAUACUUAUGCUGGCAGAUGAUAUGGCUUGCAAUACUAGGAAUAGUUAUCCUGCGCAAGUUUUCAAUAAUGAGAAUCAUCAGCUGAAUCUUUACGGUGACAAUGUUGAGGUAGACUAUCGAGGCUACGAAGUAACUGUGGAGAACUUCUUACGUGUCUUGACAGGGCGCCACGAAACUGCUGUUCCAAGAUCAAAGCGUCUUUUAAGUGAUGAAGGAAGCCAUAUUCUUCUUUACAUGACAGGGCAUGGGGGAGAUGAGUUUCUUAAAUUUCAGGACUCAGAAGAGAUUCAGAGUCAGGAUUUGGCCGAUGCAAUAGAACAGAUGAGAGAGAAGGGCAGAUUCAAGGAGUUGUUGAUAAUGGUGGACACUUGUCAGGCUGCUACUCUCUUUUCUCGGCUUUAUUCUCCAGGUGUUUUAGCUAUAGGGAGUAGUCUGAAGGGAGAAAAUUCGUACUCCCAUCACCUGGACUCUGAUGUUGGUGUUUCUGUUGUGGACCGGUUCACUUUCUACACGCUUGCAUUUUUUGAGAGGCUAAAUAUGUAUGACAAUGCCUCGCUGAGCAGCCUUUUCAAUUCUUACAACCCAAAUUUAUUGAUGUCAACUGCAUACUAUCGAAUGGAUCUAUAUAAACGUCCCCUGGACCAGGUACCUGUCACAAACUUCUUUGGUUCAGUCAUGGAAAUGACCCACGUAGACUCUGCCUAUCAUGCCUUCUCGGGUAAGACAAAGUAUGAAACACCCCAUAUUCAGAUGCCAUCCUCAGACCAAUCUACUGAUCAAGCUGAGCAACAAGAGCUGAGAACCUCUGAUGCCUCUAUUGAAACAAAAUACUCCGUUAAAGAGGUUAAACCAGGUAACAAUCACUUAAUGGGGCAGUGGAAGGCUUUGUUGGACAUGGUAGAGGAUACGGAUGCAUUUGUGAAUUACGGAUUGCUUGCCAUGGCAUUGGUGGCUGUCAUCUCUUCUUGGGUUUUGAGUUAGCAAGGCAUCCUGUACUUUCCAUGCAUGCAGGAGUGAGAUGGGGAGUAACAAACUGUUAUCUGGAAAUGACCUGCCCCAAGUCUUGACCUUCACGCCUUUCAAUUCUCAUUGUUUCCUUGAAUAUAUUUUUCGGUAAUGAGAGAAUUUCCAGGCUUGUGCUAUCGAUUCAACUCAGAAUGUUAACGGCACGAAUGUUUGUACCGCCUGACCCUAUCAAACAGUUCUUUAAUUUUGUUGUAGUUUAUGUCGUUCUUUAGAACUGAUAGUGACAAAAUUAAUGGAAAAUGAGGAUAACAUUGUAUAACAUAUCAGUUUUUUCGAUAAUGUUACAGAUUUUAUGAA